AUGAGCGAGUAUUCUCCUUAUCACCUUCUUCAAAGUCCUAGUGACAAAGAAGUGGGACAAGGUAGUUUACCCAAUGUACACAAUAACCAAGAAUUCAACGACGUCCAAACACUGACAAAUCAAAUAAAAGGACUGUAUUUGUCGCCAGAAUGCAGCGAUGUAACUCUUAUUGUAGAUGAUAAAAGAUUCAACGCUCACAAGACGAUAUUGUCUUGUCGAAGUGAAUACUUUAGGUAAGACGAUGACUUAUAUUAUCAAUUUUAUUGAGUUUAGAGCUAUGUUCUUUGGCGGAAUGCGAGAACGUCAAGAUGCUGAAGUUGUUCUACAUGAUACAUCAGCUCCGGCAUUUGAAAUCUUGUUAAACUACUUUUAUACGGGCAAGCUGAGGUUCAAUAACAUGAAAUUAAACUUGUUCUUGGAUGUAUUUGGUCUUGUACAUCUAUACGGGAUCAAGAAACUAGAAGAAUCAAUGUGUGAGUAUCUAAAACAUUCACUGCAAGUUAGCACGGUUACUGUAAUAUAUUCCACUGCCCACUUGUACGCGUUGGAAACGUUGAUGAACGACUGUUUGGAGUUCAUGGACAGAUACGCAGCUGAAGUCAUGGCAACUGAUGUAAGGGAAUUUAAAGGUUUCGUAAAGCUACAGUAAACAAUUUCAAGUCUUACUGUUGUCUUGAUUUCGUGUAUUACUUAUCAUUAAACUUCACGUUUUAGAGUUUCCUUCAUCUAACCGGGUCGGGUCUACUACAAAUAUUAAGUAGGAAUUCGUUUUGUGCGUUGGAAUUGUCGAUAUUCCAGACGUUGAUGAAGUGGAUCGACUGUCAUCCAGAAGAAGAAAACAUGUACAAUAGUCUGCUACAACAGAUACGAUUACCGUUGAUCAAGCUAGGAGAUCUGAUGGAAGUUGUGAGACCUACCAACAUGAUCGAACCUGAACGGAUUCUGGAUGCCAUCAACGAUCAGAUAUCCAAAAGGACUUCCGAUUUGGGCUACAGGGGAUUCAAGAGUAAGACUUUUUUGUUGUUUUAAUUUAGAUUUGAAUUCCAAAACAAAACGGAAUAAUUAUUGAAAAUGUUAUAUGUGAUGGUAAUAUUAUAAUAAAAUAUAUUGUAGCAGGGACGUCGCUACGGUUUUUCUCUGGGGGGGGAGGUCGAAAAAUUUUUUUCGGUCCACAGGUAAGCUACCUGUGGACCGAUUUUUCAAAAAAUUUUUUUUCAAUUCAUUGCCACCCCCCCCAAACGACGUCCCUGUAUUGUAGAACUAAACACGAACGUGGUAUCUACGGCUAUGGGAGCCAAAGUAAUUGAGGGACAGAACGGAGAUACGAUCAUGAAGCCAAAAGAUGAUCAAAAGAUUGAGAUCGAGAAGUGUACCUGCCAUGAAGUCGCGAUUCAAGACCAAUGCAUCACGGUUGAGGUAGAUUACAUUUUGUUUAUAUUACAAGAAGGAAUUCUUUUUUGUAAUGUUUGAAGCCUUAAUUCACAAGUUUAUUUGUACAAUCUAUCUUUCAGCUUGGCCGUGCUUAUAUAAUCAACUACAUAGAGCUGCACAUGGUCGACAGAGAUCAGAGGCUGUACUCUUAUUAUAUUGAUAUUAGUAUGGACGGCACUGAUUGGGUUAGAGUCAUCAAUUACAACCAGUUCUACUGUAGGGGAAAACAAAAGUUGUUCUUUUCGGAAAGAGUAGCACGGUGCGUGAUUCAUAAUAUUACCUUGCAAAUUAUGGUUAACUUGGACGGUAGUUUUGAUUACCAAUAAGUGUUUUUUCGAUGUAUCGUUUUCAAGUGAAUAACCAAUUUGUAAUUAUUUUAGUUUCAUUCGCUUGACAUGCAAUCGUUCCUCUGUCCACACGAUGUUCUACAUCUCAGAACUGAAGGCCAUGUAUGUCUCGGAAUCCCCGGAACUACACAACGAUACUAUUAUACCUGUACAUAAUGUGGCGACGAUAGAAGAGAACGCCCAUGUUAUAGAAGGCGUGUCACGAAGUAGGAAUGCACUUUUAAAUGGAAUCACAGAAAACUACGACUGGGACAAUGGCUACACUUGUCAUCAGCUGGGCAGUGGCUUCAUUACGGUACAAUUACCUCAACCUUAUAUAAUCGGGUCCUUGAAGUAAGUUUUUAGCAGUUUCUUGAUGUUAAUUCCCUAUACUAUAGGCCAAGCAACGUGGUUUUUAAUAAUCAUAUUGUUUCAGAUUGCUGUUGUGGGAUUGCGACGACCGUAGAUAUUGUUUUACGAUAGAAGUAUCCCAUGAUAACGAACAGUUUGUGAAGAUAGUUGAAGGACGUCAGCUACAGAGUUGGCAGACCUUCUACUUCAAACCUCUGCCGGUCGUUUUCAUCAAGAUAACCGGUACCAGAAACACAGCCAACGAAGUGUUCCAUUUGGUACACUUCGAAUGCCCCGCUGACCCACGGAAUUGUCACCCAUCAUCUAAUGUGGCCAUCAGCGAUGUAAAUACCUAUCCCGUGAUAUACGCUCACCCGGACCAACAAAGCUCACAGACGUAG